UGCCUCUGUGGGGGUGAAGGGUAUAAGAGGCCAAGACCAGUGGAUGCCCUUGAUAGGGGCACCUCUUCCCCACAUAGGAAAGGUAUCAAGUUAUUGAUUGCAGAUGAGCAGGCGCCCCCUUAUGUGCUUGUUGUGUGUUGUGCUUGUUUGGAUGAGUCCACGACAUGCCUAAUAAGAGACGAGAUGGGCCAGGGCGAUGAGAGCGAUCGCAUUGUGAUCAAUGUGGGAGGGACUAGGCAUCAGACUUACCGCAGCACCUUACGCACCUUGCCCGGCACUCGAUUGGCCUGGAUUGCGGAGCCGGAUGCCCACAGUCACUUUGACUAUGACCCCCGCACAGAUGAGUUCUUCUUUGACCGGCACCCAGGUGUCUUUGCCCAUAUCCUGAACUACUACCGCACAGGUAAGCUGCACUGCCCAGCAGAUGUUUGUGGACCUCUAUAUGAGGAGGAGCUGGCCUUCUGGGGCAUCGAUGAAACCGAUGUGGAGCCCUGUUGUUGGAUGACCUACAGGCAGCACCGUGAUGCCGAAGAGGCCCUUGACAGUUUUGGUGGGGCACCUCUGGAUAAUAGUGCUGAUGAUGGAGAUGCAGAUGGCACUGGAGACUCAGGUGAUGGUGAGGAGGAGCUGGAGAUGACUAAACGCCUGGCACUCAGUGAUUCUCCAGAUGGAAGGCCUGGGGGCUUUUGGAAGAGGUGGCAGCCCCGUAUCUGGGCACUAUUUGAGGAUCCCUAUUCCUCCAGAUAUGCAAGGUAUAUCGCAUUUGCCUCCCUCUUCUUCAUUCUGGUUUCCAUCACUACCUUUUGCCUCGAGACCCACGAGAGAUUUAAUCCCAUCGUUAACAAGACAGAGACGGAAAUUGUUGGAAAUGAUACCCACGUGCGCAUCUAUCGGGAGGCGGAGACAGAGGCCUUCCUAACCUACAUUGAAGGGGUCUGCGUCGUUUGGUUUACUUUUGAGUUCCUAAUGAGGGUCAUUUUCUGCCCGAACAAGAUGGAAUUUAUCAAAAACACCUUGAACAUCAUUGACUUUGUGGCCAUUCUGCCUUUCUACUUGGAGGUUGGACUCAGUGGCCUGUCUUCCAAAGCUGCCAAGGACGUCUUGGGCUUCCUGAGGGUCGUCCGAUUUGUACGAAUCCUGCGAAUUUUCAAGCUGACCCGCCACUUUGUAGGGCUGCGGGUCUUGGGUCAUACCCUCCGUGCCAGCACAAACGAAUUCUUGCUGCUCAUCAUCUUCUUGGCAUUGGGCGUCUUAAUCUUUGCCACAAUGAUCUACUACGCUGAGAGAAUAGGUGCUAAACCCAAUGAUCCUAGUGCCAGCGAACACACACACUUUAAAAAUAUCCCCAUUGGCUUCUGGUGGGCUGUUGUCACCAUGACUACCCUGGGCUACGGAGACAUGUAUCCUCAGACUUGGUCAGGCAUGCUGGUGGGGGCCCUCUGUGCUCUUGCAGGUGUGCUGACCAUUGCCAUGCCUGUACCCGUCAUUGUGAACAAUUUCGGAAUGUAUUACUCCUUAGCUAUGGCUAAGCAGAAGCUACCAAAGAAAAAAAAGAAGCAUAUCCCACGGCCGCCCCAGCUGGGAUCCCCCAAUUAUUGUAAAUCUGUCAUAAACUCUCCACACCACAGUACUCAGAGCGACACAUGCCCACUCGCCCAAGAAGAAAUGUUAGAAAUUAACAGAGCAGAUUCGAAACUGAAUGGGGAGGUGGCCAAGGCGGCGCUGGCAAAUGAAGACUGCCCCCACAUAGACCAGGCUAUGUCACCCGAGGAAGGCCUGCCCUUUACCCGUUCUGGCACUCGGGAGAGAUAUGGACCUUGCUUCCUCUUAUCAACCGGGGAAUAUCCCUGCCCGCCUGAUGGAGGAAUAAGAAAGGGUUAUGAAAUGUCACGGAGUCUUAACAGCAUAGCUGGCAUAAGUGGAAAAGCGGUAGGAUUAUCCUCAAAGCCUGCACCCUACAAUUCUCCUAGCCCAACGAGACAUUCUUGGUCUCCCAUUCCAUCCAUUUUGUAGCAUGGAUCAGUAGCAGAGAAUGGUCUAAAUCAUAAUACUAAAAAAAAGAAAGAAAAAAGAAAGAAAAAGAAAUGCUAUUCUUUCCAAUUGACCUAUGUGCUGUCACAAUAUAAUGCAAAUGGUGAUGAUGAUUGAAGCGGUCUGUCUCUCGGUAGCAUCUCAUGGGGACGGUGUUACUACUGGUUUUAGUAACGCUUACACUGACAACAUCCUUGAUCGGUAGUGCUGAGAUGACACUAGGUGGGCAUUAGUAGCUUUGGCGGGCCAUAACACUGCAUGAUAUUGGAACAUAAGACAACAAGGUGGAUGCAUCAUGUAGUUUCCUCUAUCUAAGGUUGCAUCAGGCUGGUAUGUGCUUUUUCUUGGCUAAUGGUGGAUCCACUGGCUCUUAUGGAAUGGGUUAGGCAUUCAGGCCAAUGCUGAAACUUGCCAACGAUUGAAGAUUUUGCUUUACUCAGGAUAUUUUUGAGCCAUAGGAACCCUGCAGGAGUUUGAGCAAAACACACGCAGUAGGAUGAAACUUUGCAUGGGCGCCUAUUCUAUGUUGAAAGCAAUAAGAUACACUGUAGAGAGGUCUCUAGCUGGCUGGCUGGCUGCAUGGGAAAAAGUACUGGCGGAGAAGAAAACUGGCUGCCUCUGCAUGUAGCUCUUUCCACCUUAGUCCUCCUUCCUUUAAAACACCCAGCUUGAUUUGAAAAGCGCAGGAGAGAAGCUCAAGUAUUGAUUAUAUUCUUUACAUGCAGAUCUUUGCAAAGAAAGUCCUGUCAUUGCUAAAUAUAUGCCAACAGAGGCAGUCAAAGUGACUUGACAUGGAGAGAACGAGAUGGACAAUGAUGGCUUAUAAACGUCUGGGUGGAACUGUGCAGGCAUAGAAGACCUCCUCAUUUGGACAAAUGUAAUCUCACUCCAUGCAAGUUUGCAGGAUGAUUCUAUGUGGUUUCACAGAUAUAAGUAGAUUUGCAGGCUUUUUCUAUGGCCAAAAUGUAACAAAUGAUAGAUAUUUUUUUUCUUGUUCCAUAGCAUGAAUUGCAUGAAAAAAAACCUGCAAUUGUAUGAGUAACUUUAAAGGAGGGGUGGGAGGCAAAGUGAUCUAUUUUCUUUCAAAGCUCUUUACUUUUACAUACAUUGUUGUAGCCAAACUGUAAAAUGUUCUAAAACCGUACAUUCCUUUGCUAUGGAUUGCUUCUUUUUGUAUACAAGAUAAAAAGAGUUAAUGGUUUUAAAAGUGGAAUCAGGCGGUCAUAUUGACCAAGCCUUCAUAAAUACAUCACAUUAACAUGAAAAAAAACAAGAACUUUUCAUUCAACUAGAAUUGUGUAAACUGUACAAACAACUUUCUGUUCCUGUCUGUUUUUUGUUGGCAUGCUUGUGAAACAUGGGACCAACUCUUGGACCUGAUGGUAACAGCUGGUCUAGACUUAUUUUCCAGCUCCGGUUAUGUUGUAUUUUAUUGGUGUAUAGAUCCAAUGUGAAGACCCAUCAUGGCAAAUUGUUCACAUUACGUAAUCAGUGAUGAAUUUAACAA